AUGACUGCCAUAGGAAGAGGGGAGAAAGAGAUGGAGGUCAUCACAGAGGUGAAUAAGGGUGCGACGUUGUGGCUUCGUGUAGAUGGGUGCUGCCCACUUUAUACGAAGUGGAGCCGCCUUGGCCAUGCUGCCCCAAUGGAAGUUGAGCUGCCGAACAUCCAUAAAGCUACUUCAAGUGACCAUUGGAGUUUAGCCAGCAGCCAAUAUCCGUCUGGUAAAUUUCCUAAGGUCUCAGUGGGUAUCACGAUUCCAAGGGCAGGUACUGUAUCAAGAGGCGGAGAUGCUACCCCAACACCUACAUUGGACAGGAACUUGUCUCAGGGAACUGAUGGUUUAUCUAGACCAAAAGGUGAUAAUACUUCACUUCGGGUUUCACAAGAGGCUGUGAAACAUGCUGUAUCCACUGAAGGGGCUCCUGAAGCUGACCCUGUUAUGAAGGUCUCUGUAUCACAACCUGAUGACAAUGCAUGUGAGCAAACAGGAACCUUUUCCUUUGGAACAAGAAGAGAACAAGGCAGCAACAGCCUUGAUAAAUUGGGGACACCUGAAUUUGUAAGUUCCCAAAGAAAACAGAACUUCCAGUCUGCAGAUAAAGGCAAGCCCAAUAGUGAGAUGCUCAGGAUGAAGUUGUGGGAGAUCCUUGGUGGCACUUCACAAAACAAGCAGGCCGUUGCUUCACCAAACCCUGAUGACGUCGAGACACCUGAUCAGCCUAGAAGUCAAACUGUCAAAGGACCAUCUUCAGGGAACAAGGAGGUAUUCACUUCACCUUUUCCUGAUAACAUCAAGACACCAGAUCCACUGAAGCGUCAAACGGUGAACUUCACAAAGUGUAAACUGUCCCUUGAUCCAAUCGAGUCAGAUUCUGAUAGUCCAAAAGUUGUUGAAAGAAGACCUGUGACUCGCUCCUUGGGACGCAAGAAAGCACCAGUAUCCUCCAAGAAGCAGAGCAGAAGUGCAAAGAAACCAUUAUCUACUUUUUUCUCUACACCUAAGAAGAAAAUGCUGGACAAUGUGUUUACCUUUAAUGAGAAAUGCACACCUCAAACAGUGGAUCAGGGUGAAAUGAAUAAAGCCACUGAAUCACCUGGCAGCGGAUCUCCUGAUUCUGCCAAAAAACGAGAAAACAGGAAACAACCGUAUCUUUCACCCCUUUCUCCAACUGAGGAUGAAGGGAUUAAAAGUUCUGAAACAAGUUUUGCAAGAGGAUAUAAAUCUCACAAACGGCCUUCAGAUAUCGAUGGCCCUGAUAAAUCUCCUGUUGAGCAUAUGGAAACACAAGAAACUACAGAUUCUGAUAAAGAACCAGAACAAUGCCCAGAAAACUUCCUAACCAGGGCUUUUGAUCAAGCUUCCAAGCAGCCGAGCCGAAGUGCAAAGAAACCAUUUUCUACUUUUCACUCUACACCCAAGAAGAAAAUGCAGGGCAAUGUGUUUACCUUCAACGAGAAACGCACACCUAAAACAGUGGAUCAGGACAAAAUGGAUAAAGCCACUGAGUUGCCUGGUAGCGAGUCUCCUGGUUCUGCAGAAGAAAGAGAAAACAGUAAACAACCAUCUCAUUCACCCCUUUCUCCAACUGAAGAUGAAGGGAGUAAAAGUUCCGAACAAAGUUUUGCAAAAGGAUAUAAAUCUCACAAAUGGCUUUCAGAUAUCAAAGGCCCUGAUAAAUCUCCCCUUGAGCAUGUGGGCAGGAAAUCAAAACUAAAAGAGGAUAGAAUGAGCAAAAGAUACUUAUCUUCACCUACUCCUUUUGCCACUUCUGGAACACAAGAAACUAUAGUUUCUGACAAAGAACAAGAACAAUGCCCAGAAAACUACCUAACCAGGGCUUUUGAUCAAUUAGUAGUGGUUCUGGGAAGGUUCCAAACUAAGAUCAAGUCUGAAACAAGCAAGAAAAGUUCUGAGAUACUUGCAGCUACUAGAGAGAUAAUAUAUCAGCACCUUGAGGGGGUUGAGGCGCAGAUGCAGGCUGAUGUGGAUAAACUGGUCAACACAGGCAAGUCUAAAAGGAGACGCCUAGAAUCUACAUUUGAAGAUCAACAAGAAAAGCUAAGGAUUCUUCAUGAGAAGUUCAAGGAGGAGGUCAACAAGCAGCUUCUGAACUGCAGGAGUUCUCUUGAGGAUUUUGAAUCCUACCAUGCAGAACUUAAGGGAGUAGCUGACAAGCAAAAAUCAUCCCACAAGAAGCUCCUGGUAAAUGCCGAGAAAACAGUAGGCGCUCAGAUCAACGAUGCAGAAACCAAAAUUGCUGAGGUCCAGAAGAGAGCACGGAAGAGGAUGAAUGGCCUGAAAUACGUGCUCAAGGAGCUGAUUACAGAAACUGCAGAUUGA